AUCUCAUCCCAUCAGUUCAUCUUCAGGCACAAGAUUACGUGAAUGAAAGCGCACGUUGUGUCUCGGACUUCCCGCCAACCUACUUCAUCAGGCAUUUCCGCCCUCGCUCGAAACAAUUACAUGCAACAAUACCUACCCUGAAUCACCACAGCGGCCAAUUACUGCGAAAUCGCCGCCAGGAACCUCAAACGUACAAAGCAGCAAUCGGUUCGCCUUCCAACUUCCCGACGACCAAGAGCGUCAAAAGCUCACUCAGGUCUACGAAGAACAGGCGGAGCACAGCUGAGAGCUUGUAGCCGCAAUGGCUGAGCCAAGUACUCCCGACCAAGGUCCCGAUCAUGCUCCGCCAACACUUCCUCCAGGAUGGAUCGCGCAAUGGGAUGCCAGAUCAAGAAAGUACUACUACGUUCAAAUCAGCACCGGACAAAGUACCUGGGAGACACCGACAAUGGCUGCCCCAGAGGUACCGACACCUGGCAGCACGCCUGCCCAAGGGAACCCAUAUGCAGCACCCGACGAAGGCACAAGGGGCAUGGGCGGACAAGAGAGUGACAGGAGCUUAGGCAGUUCCCUGCUGAACAGUGUCAUCGGCGGUAAUAAGCAGAGCUCAGGCGGUUUGAGUGGCAUGGUAGGGUCAGUACUGGGCGGAGGCUCGUCACAAGGACAUUCCAGCUCUGGGGGCGGCCUAGGCGGCAUGGCUCAAUCAUUCCUCGGUGGUGGAAAGCCCAGUCAGCAGCAUGGAGGCUCGGGAGGAGGACUGGGCGGCGUUGCUGCUUCGUUCCUUGGAGGAGGUAGCUCUGCCUCGCACAGCGGACAAAGUGCGCAGCACGGCUCAUCUGGGCACCAGAGCGGAGGUUUGGGAGGCAUGCUCAGUGGAGUCCUCGGCGGAAACAAACCCAGCCACGGCAGCGGAUCUAACCCGUAUGGCUACUCUCACAAUCAGUCAAGCGGUGGCACCUAUCAAGGACAAGCACCACCCGCAUCAUACCAGCCAGGUGGACAGAGCGGCUACCAACCCCAGGGCGGCAGUUACAAUCCUCCGGGCCAGCAGCAGGGCCAACAGCAGAGCCAGCAGCAGAGCUACGGACACGACCAGUCGCAGUAUGGACAACAAUCACAUUAUGGGCAACAACAGCACCACUCUGGUCCCCCGUCGAACUACAACAGUGGACCACCCAGUCAACAACAUACCCCUAACAACCAAUACGGCGGUGGUCAUGGCUAUGGCCAACAAGGCUAUCCUCCGCCACCUCCAGGACCACCGAGCGGAUAUGGCAAUCAAGGCGGCUAUGCCCCUCAGCAACCAUACGGCGGUGGGGUGCAAGGUCAAGGUGGAUAUCAAGCAUACGGGUCGCAGGGUGGUGACUAUGGAGGUCAACAAGGCAAUUAUGGCGGUUAUUCACAGCCACCGAACCCGCAAUGGAGGUAGUCUUUGGAGUGCUGCGCGAUGGUAGUCGUACUUUGUAUCUCAAGAUAGCCUGCGAAGAGUGCGUGCACUUGUGACUUUCCGCUCCGAAGUGCGCGUUGAGACAG